GCCUCAACUGGUCGGGACACACACAUACACACACGCGCGCGCGCGCACCACACACACCUUCCAGUAUAAGCGCGAGCCGUGUGCUGAGCUGGCUGCUGUGAAAUCAGAGCGCUUUGUGAGCAGCGCGUGAGCCGCACUCUCUCUAUCUCUGUGUGUAUGCGCGUGUGUCUGUGUGCGCGCGCGCGUGUGACGUUCAGGACUGCGCUCGCUUCAUCCUUCACUCGCUGCCGCACAAACGGCACUCGCCUCGGAUUCCCCGCGAUGAGCGGGAGCGCGCGGGACGCCGAGCUCGCGCCGCCCUUCCUUUCCCGCCACCGCAGCUGAGGACCCCCCGUCGCGGCGCGAGCGCAUGCGGCGCAACGCUCUCCAUUCCGCAGCUCGCGAAUUCCUGGACUUUGUUGCGGCUCGUGCCGCAUCCAGCAGCAUCGGUCCGUCUGGACUUCACGGGACACUUACUACACAACGUACAUACAUAGCGGAAGGUGACCGGAGCGCGCGGGAGGCGGAAUGGCGCCGCGGGAAUGGCUCGAGCUGAUGAUUAUCAAUGCACUUGUGUGGCGAGACGGAAAAUAACAUAUAUAUACUAUUAUUGAGAACAAACAAAAAAAAAAAAACAGGAGGCGCGCGCGCACGCGACCUGCACCUGCUGCACGCGGCCGCGAGGGAGAGACCAGCCAGACAUCAUCAUCAUCAUCAUCAUUAUCAUCAUUAUCAACAGCUUCAUUAACAGCAUCAGGACCACUGGCGGGAUCAGCAGCAUCAGGACCACUGGCAGCAUUGGCAGCAUCAGGACCACUGGCAGCAUCAGGAGCAUCAGCUUCAUCAGCAUCAUCAGGACCACUGAUGUGGGCAGCUUCAGCACCACUGGCUGCAGCAGCAGCAGCGCAUCAACAGGAUCGUCGUCGGCACCAGCAGCACAGGCAGCGAGGGUCAUGCUAAAUGCAGAGGAAAGCGAUGCUUAGAGAGCGAGAGUGGGCACAUGCCACCCUGCCUGCUUACAAGCAUUAUAAGUGUACGAUUGCACACGCACAUGGCAUGCGGCGCUGCAGCGAACAAGACGUUGUGACAAGACGAGAGCUGCUGCGCAAGCAACGCCUGUUACCUGCGUUCUACAGACCAACAAAACACAUUGACAGUUAGUGAGCUGCAAAGCAUUAGGGAGCGAGUAAUGAUGCAUGACUACCGCUUUCUCACGAGCUUAUCCGUUCAGGCGCGGGCACACGAGGCGCUCGCACCCCAGCGCAGGCGAGUCCAAACUUCAGCCAAGGCUCUGAACAUGUUCAGCUAGUGUUUUGUAUGUACUCACACACACACACACACUCAGACAAAACACACAUACAUAACUGCAGACAGAUAUAAGACAACAAAAAGAGCGGGAAAAGAUGGAGCUUUCAGAAGUGCGGUGCUCGAGCGCGAGCGACGAGCUGUACACCAUCAACAAGAUGCCGACGAGCUCGAACGGUGCGCGGCCAAAGCGCCUGCUGUGGCAGAACGCCGUGCGCCACAUCACCGAGCAGCGCUUUAUCCACGAGCAUGUUGGUGCUGGCAAGGCCGCGUCUCCGGACGCGCAGGACGCUGGGAAGGCGGCAGGAGAGCGGCACGGGGGAAGCCAGCAGCAGCAACACAACAAUGGCGGCACGAAAGUGUUUCCCGAGCGCUCCAGCAGCGACCUGGGCUUCGUGCAGCUCGACUGUGCACCCAGCAACUCGGAGUUCUUCUUGAGCUGGGGCUAUUCGUACCGCGGCGUCAUCUUUCCCACGCUGCGCUACGCCUUCAAGUCGCGUGAGCUUGAGCGCCUCUACCAGCGCUACUUCUUGGGCCAGAGGCGCAAGAGCGUGGUGGUCAUGAACAUCCUGGACGUGGUGACCAAGCUGACGUUGCUCGUGCUGCACCUAACGCUGGGCGCCACACCCGUGGACCCCAUCCGUGGGAUGCUGCUGGGCUUCUUCACGGGUGUUGAGGUGGUCAUCUGCGCGCUUGUGGUUGUGCGCAAGGACACCAGUUCGCACGGCUACUUGCAGUACAGCGGUGCGGUGACGUGGGCGGCAAUGGCCACGCAGAUCUUGGCCACGGGCCUUGGCUACGGCUUGCUCGGGGACGGCGUGGGCUACGUGCUCUUCACACUCUUCGCCACCUACAGCAUGCUGCCGCUGCCGCUUACGUGGGCCAUGGCAGCUGGGGUGCUCACCUCCGCUCUUCACAUUGGCCUGCAGGUGCUGGCACCUACCCACGCACAGCUCUCCACCAAUCAGCUGUGUGCGCAGGUGUUGUUGUUCGUGUGUAUGAACACAGCUGGGGUGUUUAUCAGUUACCUGGCAGACCGCGCCCAACGCCAGGCCUUCCUAGAGACCCGCAGGUGCAUCGAAGCCCGUCUGCGUCUGGAGACCGAGAACCAGAGACAGGAGCGGCUGGUGUUGUCGGUGCUGCCCCGGUUCGUGGUGCUGGAGAUGAUUAAUGAUAUGAGUACCGUGGAGGACGAGAACCUGCAGCACCAGUUUCACCGCAUCUACAUCCACCGCUAUGAAAAUGUCAGUAUUCUCUUUGCUGAUGUGAAGGGUUUCACUAACCUGUCCACCACCCUCUCGGCUCAGGAGCUCGUCCGAAUGCUCAAUGAACUCUUCGCCCGCUUCGACCGCCUCGCACACGAACACCACUGUUUGAGGAUAAAGAUUCUGGGGGAUUGUUAUUACUGCGUCUCAGGGCUUCCUGAACCCAGGCCAGACCACGCCCACUGCUGUGUGGAAAUGGGUUUGAGCAUGAUCAAAACUAUCAGGUAUGUGCGUUCCCGUACGAAGCACGACAUUGACAUGCGCAUUGGGAUUCACUCUGGCUCGGUCCUGUGUGGAGUUUUGGGACUGAGAAAGUGGCAGUUUGACGUCUGGUCCUGGGACGUGGACAUAGCCAACAAACUGGAGUCUGGAGGCAUACCUGGGCGGAUCCACAUCUCUAAAGCGGCUCUGGACUGCCUGAACGGAGACUACGAGGUGGAGGCAGGACACGGGAAGGACCGUAACGAUUUCCUGCGCCGACACAACAUCGAGACAUUCCUGAUCAAACAGCCUGAGGAGAGCCUUCUCACCCUGCCUGAGGACAUCAUGAAGGAGGCCACCAACCAAUCAGAUCACAGAGCAUCCACCACCACCUUCACUGAGGGCACCUGGAGUCCAGAACUACCCUUCCACAAUAUAGUGGGCAAGCAGAACACGUUGGCUGCUCUCACUCGUCACUCCAUAAACCUGCUCCCCAACCAUCUGGCGCAGGCGCUGCAUGUGCGCGCCGGCUCGCAGGAAAUAAACGCGCGCAUGCAGAGCACCAUCGCACUGCGCAGCGGAGACAAACUCCGACGAGAGCACAUCACACCUUUCUCGCUCACGUUUAGAGAAGCCGUCCUGGAGCACAAGUACUCCCAGAUGAGGGAUGAGGUCUUUAAAUCUAAUCUGGUGUGUGCCUUCAUUGUGCUCCUGUUCAUCACAGCAAUACAGAGUCUACUACCAUCUGCAAGGCUGGCAACCAUGGUGAUCCAGUUCUCCGUGCUCAUCCUGCUGCACUGCUGUCUGGUGGUUGUGACGACAGCGGAGGACUACAAGUGUCUGCCGCUGGUUUUGCGUAAGGCGUGUUGCUGGGUGAACGAGACCUACACCGCACGAAACGUCGUCAUCCUCCUCUCCAUCCUCAUCAACUUCCUGGCUGCCAUUAUUAACAUUCUGUGGUGUAAUGUUGACAAAUCCAUCUGGGAUGUGUUCAGAAACGGCACAUUCGAUGCUACUGCCUCCAUACCUGGCUGUCUCUACCCAGAGUAUUUUGUAUUUACGGGCGUGUUGGCGAUGGUGACCUGUGCCGUGUUCCUGCGGUUAAACUCUGUGCUGAAGUUGGCCAUCCUGCUGCUAAUGAUCGCCAUCUACUCGUUACUGACCGAGGCUUUCUAUCACUCGCUGUUCACCCGCUACGACACCAUCUCCGGCUACGAUAACUUCAACAGCCAGAGCGAGAGCUUCCUGGGAACCAAGAGAACAUCUCUGCUGCUGAUGGCAAUGUUCCUGUUAGCGGUGUUCUAUCAUGGACAACAGCUGGAAUACACGGCACGGCUGGACUUUCUGUGGCGAGUGCAGGCCAAGGAGGAGAUCAAUGAAAUGCGGGAGCUGCGGGAGCACAACGAGAACAUGCUGCGCAACAUACUGCCCAGCCACGUCGCACGCCACUUCCUGGAGAAGGACCGAGACAACGAGGAGCUGUAUUCCCAGUCCUAUGAUUCAGUCGGAGUGAUGUUUGCCUCUAUUCCUGGCUUCGCUGAUUUUUAUUCUCAGACUGAAAUGAACAAUCAGGGAGUUGAGUGUUUGCGGCUCCUGAACGAGAUCAUCGCCGACUUUGACGAGCUGCUGGGAGAAGAUCGUUUCCAGGACAUUGAGAAAAUCAAGACCAUUGGCAGCACAUAUAUGGCAGUAUCUGGCCUGUCACCAGAGAAACAGCAAUGUGAGGAUAAGUGGGGUCACCUGUGUGCUCUGGCUGACUUCGCCAUUGCUCUGAACGAGAGCAUCCAAGAAAUCAACAAACACUCCUUCAACAACUUCCAGCUUCGGAUCGGUAUGGCCCAUGGCUCUGUGGUGGCAGGUGUGAUCGGCGCCAAAAAGCCCCAGUACGAUAUCUGGGGGAAGACGGUGAACCUGGCUAGCCGUAUGGACAGCACCGGCAUCAGCGGGAAGAUCCAGGUCCCUGAAGAAACCUUCACCAUCCUGACGGAGCGCGGCUUUGCCUUCGAGUACCGAGGUGAGAUCUACGUGAAGGGCAUCAGCGAGCAGGAGGGGAAGAUCCGCACGCACUUCCUGAUGGGUCGCGUGCAGCCCAACCCUCUCAUCCUGCAGCCGCGCAAGCUCACGGGCCAGUACUCGCUCGCCGCCGUGGUGCUCGGCCUGGUCCAGUCCCUCAACCGCCAGAAACAGAAACAGAUCCUCAAUGAGAACAACAACUCAGGCAUUAUGAAGGGCCACUAUAACCGUAGGACCCUGCUGGCAUCCGGGGGCCCUGACACCAGCCACACUGAGAUGGCCACAGACAAGAACGAAAUGGCCUAGUGAAUGCCUGAGCGACGUUUCUAGAAGGUUCUAACGUACAACGGACGUUGGAGAGUAAAAAGAAAGACUUGUUGUAAAGGAUAAACUGAGUAGUCCACAGCGACUGCCUGACUGAAAGACUGAGCUGUCCCAAAGACUGUCUGAUAAACUGACUGAGUGUCCCUCUUGCUGUCCAUGUUUCUUUUUUUGUAUUUCUUUUGUAUUUCCAGCACAAUAAAAGGUUUAAUUUUUUAUAAAAA